AAAACGUUUACGAAUCGUUCGGUUGACUUGAAAAAAUGUCGAAAAUGUUGAAUUUUCAGGUGUUUCUAGUCUGUGCGGCUUUUGUAGCUGGUGCUAAGGCCCAACUGCCUCAAGUGGCGGUUGUGGAACUGCCGGCUCAAAUGGAAUCCGACGCUCAACACACGAUCGAACUAAACAUCGAAAAUGUGAAAAAGCAACUGGAAGACCUUAAAGGUAAAGACGAUUCGAUCAAGUUGUUGGUCUUCCCGGAGUACGGAUUGACAGGUUUGAAUCCGGACGUUGAAGCUUCCGCGCAGUUCAUACCCGGAGUGGACGUUCCAGUCCAACAAUAUCAAAAUAACGUGAAAAGAUUAAGCGACAUUGCAUUGAGUUAUAAAGUCGCGUUGGUCGUAAACCUGUUGGAAUUCGUGAACACGACUACCACAAAGACUUACUACAAUUCCCUCAUAGUUUUCGAUGAAAACGGCCGACUGAUUAAAAAGACGCACAAAAUAAACCUGAGGUCCGAAGAAAGGGAGAAACUCAGUGCGGGUUCGGAAAUCGGAAUUUUGGAAAUAUACGGAAACAAAUUCGGUCUGCUGAUCGGAGAAGACCUUUUAACCGUCGAAGCUUUUAAGCUGUCUGCCAUUUCGGGAGUGAUCGUGUCCGCAUCGUGGAAAAACACGCUUCCGACAAACCUAGCAACCAGUGUCGCAUACGGGUUCGAAAGGAGGACUGCCACGCCUGUCUACUUCUCGAACUUGAACAAACCGGAUGAGGGCAUAAGCGGAUCGGGUGUUUACACAAGCAACUUGGUCGAUGCCAAAACCACAGGAAAAAGUUCGACGUUCGUUAAAAAAGGCUCGAUGAAAUCGGGUCGCGGACUUCCCGGCGAAGACGACAAUGCCGGAUUGAGAAUCGAGAACGAAUCGAUUAAAAAUUUGGUGAAAACCGCGGCGUUAAGCAAUGCAGAACUAUACGAAGAGCAUCAUUGCAAACUGACGACUGGCAGCGACCUAUCUUCCGCUUAUCAACUGGUGUCGUACAAAUCGAAAGAAAAGAUCGGCGGUCGCGACUACGUCUCCUACUUCUGCGGUCUGAUCCCCAACGACGAAAACAACAUCAGGAUCAAAACCAACGUAGAUCUCGCGAACGUGACCAUAGAAGUAGACAUAGACAGAAAUUCAGACAACAAAACGAUCGUGUUGCCCGUCGCAGCCGAUUUCAAUUUGGUGCCUCCCCAAUUCGUCUAUUCGGAUAAUAACUUCGUCUCCGUCAGUAUCCAGGAUGCAAAAGACGUCAUCGUUUUUGGCAUCCGGAUUUUGAAAUCGGCCAGUUUCAGGAAUGAAUUCAGUUUGGCCGUGUUGAUCGUUUGCGGUUUGGUUAAGGUUUUAUUCGGUUGAAAACCGUCUUUCUUUCUUUCUUUCUUUCUUUCUUUCUUUCUUUCCAUCUUUACAUCUUUCCUUCUUUCCUUCUUUGUUUGUUUGUUUGUUUGUUUGUUUGUUGUCGUAUGUGGCCCUUUUUAGAAUGAUUACUCGUACAGUCGUUAUUGAAAGAACAGUAGUAGAAAUAAAACAAAGUGAUUUUUAAAAAACGUGCAUGUUUUAUUAUUUUCGCAUUUAUUAAACAAACAAUAAAAAUUUUA